CCCGGGGGGGUCCCCAUGGCCGCCCCCCCCCAGCCAAUCAUCGUCCUGGACGAUGACGAGGACGGAGACCCCUCCCCCUGCUGCCCCUCCCCCACCCCCGCCGCCCCUCCCCCCCCGAACGGCGCCGGGGGCGGGGCCGGGGGCGGGGCCUUCUGGGAGGAGAACGAGCGGCUCUUCCAGGAGUUCCUCUCCCUGUGCGCGCCGCUGACCCAGGAGCACCCCGAGGUGCUGCCCUUCCUGAGCUCGCGGCACCUCCGGGCCCACCCCGACUUCCGGGGCUCGGCGGAGUUCCGGAACAUUCUGGGCCGGCUGCUGCGGCGCGUGCGGGGCCGGCGCCGCAAGGUUUACGUCUACAUCAACGAGCUGUGCACCGUGCUGAAGGCGCGCGCCCUGCGGCGCCGCCUGGCCCUGCGCCAGUGCCCGCCCGGUACGGACCAGUGCCCGCCCAGUACGGACCAGUGCCCGCCCAGUACGGACCAGUACGGAGCGUCCCGGUGUCCGCACGGAGCGUCGCCGUGUCCCGAUGGAGCGCCCCAGUGUCCCCCCAGUUCAUCCCAGUAUCCUCCCAGUUCAUCCCAGUAUCCCGACGGGGUGGAACCUCCCGGGGAGCCCUCCCAGUGCGCCCCCAGUUCAUCCCAGUGCGCCGCCAGCUCGUCCCAGUAUCCCGCCGGGGAUCCAUCCCAGUGUCCCACCAGUUCCUCCCAGUACCCCGAAGGCUCCUCCCAGUGUCCUGCUGGUUCUGCUGAGCACCCUGGGGGCGCUUCCCAGUAUCCCAGUGCUCCGUCCCAGUAUCCCAGUGCUUUGUCUGGCCAUCCCAGUACUCCAUCCCAGUAUCCUAAUGCUUCAUCCCAGUAUCCUGGUGGUUCAUCCCAGUAUCCCAAUGCUUCAUCCCAGUGUCCCAAUGCUUCAUCCCAGUAUCCCAGCGCUUCAUCCCAGUAUCCCAGCGCUUCAUCCCAGUAUCCCAACGCUUCGUGCAAUGAUACCAGAGCUCCAUCCCAGUAUCCCAGCGCUCCAUCCCAGUAUCCCAGCGCUCCAUCCCAGCAUCCCAGCGCUCCAUCCCAUCGCCCCGAGCCCUCGGAGCGCCCCUCAGAGCCGCGGCGCGCGGGCGGCUCGCGCCGGCAGAUCCGGCACCUGGAGCACCUGCUGCGCGUCUACGCGGCCGAGAUCCGGCGGCUGCAGGAGCGGGAGCUGGACCUGGCCGAGCUGGACAGCGCCGACUCGCCGUACCUGCAGGAGAACCGGCUGAAGCGGCGCAUGAUGCGCAUCUUCCGCCGCCUGUGCCAGCUCAAGGAGUGCAGCAGCCUGACGGGGCGCGUGCUGGAGCAGCGCAUCCGCUUCCGCGGCACGCGCUACCCCGAGGUGAACCGCAGCAUCGAGCGCUUCAUCAACCGGCCCGACGCCUUCCCCGACUACUCGGACAUCCUGCGCGAGAUCCGCGGCGCCAGCGCGCGCCACGGGCUGGGGCUGGGCCGGCGGCAGAUGGAGAACAUGGCCCAGGAGGCCUUCAGGGAGGUGGGCAACCGGCUGCAGGAGAGGCGGCACCUGGACCUGGUGUACAACUUCGGGAGCCACCUGACGGACCAGUACCGGCCCGGCACGGACCCGGCGCUGUCGGACCCCGAGCUGGCGCAGCGGCUGCGGCGGAACCGGCGCCUGGCGCUGGCCCGGCUGGACGACGUCAUCGCGCGCUUCGCCCAGCGCCAGGAGCAGCACCGGGAGCAGGAGCCCGCCCGGAAACGGCACCGGGGAACCGGGAACAAGAGGAAGAAAGAGGAAGAGGAGGAGGAACAGGAAGAGGAGGAGGAAGAAGAGGAUGAGGAGGAGGAAGAGGACGAUGAAGAUGAAGAAGAAGAAGAAGAAGAAGAAGAUGAAGAUGAGGAAGAGGAGGAGGAAGAGGAGGAGGAGGAGGAAGAGGAAGGAGAAUCCUCCGAGGCCGAAGGGCGGGUGAAGGUCAAGGAGGAGGAGGAGGAGGAGGAGGAAGGAAGAGAAGCCACAGCAGUACAGGGUGCGGUCGAUCCGGGGCUCCCAGCGCUGCCCCUCCCCCCCCCAACCCCUCAGGAUGGGGGAGGGGGGAGCCCCGCCACGCCCAAGGCCACGCCCCCCUCGCGCUGCCCCUCCCCCCUCGGCGGGGGAGGGACCCCGGGACCCCCCCCCAAAAAACGGAGCCGGAGCGAGCGGCGAGGGGGGGACAGCCUGGCCGUACCCGGGAGCCCCCCGGGGGGGGAGGGGCCGGAUCUGGGGGUCCCCCCCUCGCCCCCCCCCCGGCCCAGCCCCCUCCCCGACUCCACCCGCGCCGACUCCCCCGGGGGGGACCUGGUCAGCUCCUCCCAGGGCAGCCCCCCCAGGACAGCCCCCCGGGCCUGCAAGACCAGCGUGGGCACCCAGUGCGACCCCGAGGAGAUCAUCGUGCUCUCGGACUCGGAUUAGCCCCGCCCCUUUGGCCACGCCCACCGCCUGACCACGCCCAUUUCUGCUCAGACCCCGCCCCUUUUCUCCAAAACCCCACCCCCUUUCCUCCCAAACCCCGCCCCCUCCGCGC